AUGAGCAAAAGCACCGGCGUCGAGCAUCAUAUCAGUGGUGUUGCUACUACAGAAACGGCAACAGAGACAGUUACUGUUCCUCCUGCCAAGACAGCUAUUGACACACAUGGUAACAUCUUCAAGGUUCCAGACUAUACUAUCAAAGACAUCCUAGGUGCCAUCCCAAAGGAGUGUUACAAGAGAGACACUCUUUGGUCAUUGCAUUAUGUGGUAAGAGAUAUUAUUGCCAUCUGUAUUAUUGGGUAUGUUGGUACCAACUACAUUCCAGUUUGGUUUCCAAAUAGUGGUCUCCUAAGAUUUGUUGCCUAUAUGGUGCAAUCAUACUUAAUUGGGUUAUUUGGUUUUGGGUUGUGGAUUUUGGCUCACGAAUGCGGUCAUGGUGCCUUCUCUGAUUCAAGAUUAAUCAACGAUACCGUUGGGUGGGUUUUGCACUCAUGGUGGAUGGUCCCAUACUUUUCUUGGAAAUUCUCUCACUCUAAGCAUCAUAAAGCUACCGGUCAUUUGACUAGAGAUAUGGUUUUUGUUCCAUACACGAAAAAAGAAUACUUGGAAAUGAAGGGUAAAUCAAAACUAAGGGAGAUCACCGAAGAAGCACCAAUUGUAACUUUAUUAACUUUGAUUGGCCAACAAAUUGGUGGUUUGCAGUUGUAUUUAGCAACAAAUGCCACUGGCCAAUCUUAUCCUGGUGUUCCUAAAUUCUUCAAAUCCCAUUACUGGCCUACUUCUCCGGUGUUCGAUACCAAGGACUUCUGGUACAUCAUUCUGAGUGACAUUGGUAUUAUUUCCACACUUACAAUCAAUUAUUUGUGGGCAAAGACCUAUGGCUCCCAUGUCAUGUUGAUCAACUGGUUUGUUCCAUGGUUAUGGGUUAACCACUGGUUAGUAUUUGUCACAUUUUUGCAACACACUGACCCAACCAUGCCUCAUUACGAAGCCAGUGAAUGGACCUUCGCUAAAGGUGCUGCUGCCACCAUUGAUAGAAACUUUGGCUUUGUUGGUCAACAUAUUUUCCACGAUAUUAUUGAAACGCAUGUUUUGCAUCAUUACUGUUCAAGAAUUCCUUUCUACAACGCUCGUGUAGCCACUGAAGCUAUUAAGAAAGUUAUGGGUGAACAUUAUCGUUAUGAAGGCGAAAAUAUGUGGCAAUCAUUAUGGAAGGUGGCAAGAUCCUGUCAGUUUGUAGAUGGUGACAACGGUGUUUUGAUGUUCAGAAACACAAACGGAGUCGGAGCACCAUGUCAAGAAUGA